AUGAGUGGUGUGUACACCAUUUGCACGCCGAGGUACCCUGUCGACGUGAAGGUCUACUGUGAUAUGGACGCUGCAUACAAAGGCUGGAUUGUGUUUCAGAGGCGUUUUGACGGGUCGGUGAAUUUCAAUCGCAACUGGACUGAGUACCGGGACGGAUUCGGCGAUCUGAAGGGCGAGUUCUGGCUGGGAAACCAGAAACUUUGUAAGCUAACGUCAAAGAGCAGGUGGAAGUUACGGAUAGAUCUGGAGGAUGACCGGGCUAGGCAUCAAACCAUCCAGGCCUAUGGAUUCAGCAUCAGCGGCAGCAAAUACACUUGGACUAACAGUGGACCAUUUCAGGCUGAUCCACUCCCUCCUCAACUCAACGGGCGAAGCUUCUCUACAUACGACAUGGACAAUGAUGAGGAUACCAAUUCUAAUUGUGCAGCUGAGCUGAAGGGAGGCUGGUGGCUUGACACAUGCAAUGGUACCUCUGGUGCACCGUACGGCCUGAAUGGGGAAUAUCAACAAGGUCCAAAUGAUCGUGGUAUAAUAUGGGCAGGAUGGGAAGGCCAUCGAAUAGUCAAAUGUGAAAUGAAGCUGCGACGAUAUUUUCCUUAAAAGUGAUUGGAGACCCACAAUAGAAACCGCUGAUCAAGAUACACAUUGAAAAGUCUUCACAGAAACUUAACAGAAAUAGAAAACACUUAGACCUAGUUCACGCGAACUAUUGCAAAAUAACAAUAAAUACGUAACCAUUUCGAAAACAUCUUUAAUUCAAUAUGUACCCCAUUAAUCGUGACCUCACAUUGAAUAAAAUGAUCCUGCGUUUCCCCAACAACAAAAAAAAUCCCUUUUGGCGGUUCGCGCUCCCAGGCUGCUUUGAUGACGUCAUCACCAGAACGCCUACAUGUACAGUGUGCAUAUGAUUGCACACAGUACAUGCAUCGCACGCUUGUAAUAGACCACGUCGUGUUCGAUGUAGCUUGGCCAACAGGCGAACACUGUCUCGACUCAAGGGAGAAAUUGAAAGACACAGUCCUAGCUAACAUAUAAUAAUUAAAUUAAGAUGAUUGGCUGGUGUUUUGUUUAUCAGUGAAUGUGAAUAUUUUUUGUGAUUAGGGUGCCUCUAAGUUUCAUGUACAAUUUGAUUGUCAAGUCUUUGCAAUUGUAUACCUUUCGCUCAAACUGUUCUCAAUUUUGGACGUCAUAGUUUAAGCAUAGACCUGGAGGAGAAAAUCCGUCAGGUCUAUGGUUUAAGGUUUACUUUGUUAUUAAUAUGAUUGUAACGUUGUACAAUGUGGUUGUAUUUCUUUAGAUGAUGUAAUUUUUACCAACGACGCAACGUUUCAAUAGGGGCAUAUGAAAGAGCGAAAAGAAUACGCGUCACAUUCGUGGGGAAAGUGACUUAGGCUGCAGCUGAAUCUGUUGUCUAGUGCUAAGUCUAGGUCCUCAUUCCAUUGGAAAUACGUGGAGAUCCCAGGACAAAAGACAAAGCCUUAGAUCUGAAAGCCAAUUUCGGACAGGGCCAUAGUAGGCCCUAUUCGCGGGGAGCUCGUCCGUUAGAUUCCCCAACGUAGUGUAUUCAUUUGAAGACGUUAAAUUUAAAGAACCAGACUAUAUUUUACGAUUUUAUUCCCCAAAAUUACCUGGUGCCAUCCUAUUAAAAUUUCGAAUGUAUACUGUACGUUCAGGAACACGUCUGAAAUUGGGUACGCCGCGAAUGCAGUAUUUCAGUCAUUUUGUGUCAGUUGCUGAAAUAAAAAAGUAAAAAAUACUGAAAUUAACAAAGUAUCAGUGGCAGCUUUCAUUUUAAGUGGUGUAACAAAAACCAUGAUUGAUGCUUAGCCAGAACUUGCGUCGUGAAUUGGAAAAAUGUAUCUUUGAAAAUAUAUAGGCAGCCUUCUCGACCAUCCUUUGACUUGGUCAAGUAACUAUCGUUCACACAUGGUCAGCGCCGGAGAUAGAAAUCACCAUCCAAAUAGCACUGGUUAUGUAGGUUCUGGUGACUUGUAAGUAGGCUAUUAAACUUGUAAGUUAUCGAUGUUUGAUGCGAGUAGGAAAAAAAACUUGUAUUUUUAGGAGCCUAUUAUGUGAUCGCUCUUGAUUUUACAGUUUAGAAAUUGUAGACUCGUGAGAUUAUUUUACAUGAAUUAGAAUUGACGCUAAAUCUUGACAAAGGGUGAACGGGAAAAGGAGAUGCAUGAAAAUCAUGAGCAGAAAUGGAAAUGUAAAAGAAUGCCAACAAAAAGUGGUCCUUGCAUCUACAUAUGUAUAUGAAUUAACAUCCAUGUUCAAAACUGCUAAUUUAGCGAUUAGUAGACUCAAUAUUUAUCAUGGUUUUGUAGAUUAGUAAUUAUUUUUAACAAACAAUAUGUGCUUAUACGUUUU